AUGGCGGCGAAACCCAACAUCGGCAACUCGAGAAUUCGACUACCGUGGCCAAGACCGUUCAUCGAGGAGCCUGUCGGGUGUCUGGAGAUUGAAUCCAAGGAAUCCUCACCACGGUGGCACUCACUCUGUCUCAUUAUUCUCUCCGCUAGCGGCUUAGUGGCACAAAUUCUGGUGGCACUGUCUGUUACAUGGGCGUCUACUACCAGCGCCCUCUGGGCUCUUGCCGUGGUGUAUGUAAUAGCAUGUCGACCAAGGACUGCCUCAAUCCUGCUUUUCGUGGAUCUCGUCGGCAUUCUCAUUGCUGGGGCAUGUCUCCUCGCCGCGGUCUUCUACCACAACUUGAACGGCAGGAAUGCAGUCCUUACUUUCGCGAGCACUGCUCUGGCGGCCAUUGCAAUCGCCGUGGUCGUCAAUAUGCCUCUCCGGGACCCAUCGUUGAGUCGAGCCGCGAUCAGCCGCCCCUUCAAUGCUCCUUCGAGUGCCUUUCGGUCUCCCGAAGACAACUUGACGCUUCUGCAAUGGAUGACAGUCUCCUGGAUUGGACCCCUGCUCAGGGUGGGCAACAGGCGCCAACUCAACGAUGAAGAUGUGUGGCUUCUCCCGUAUGAAUUUCAGCACCGCCAGCUUCAUGAUACCUUCCGCGAGCUCAGAGGAAGUGUUGUUACACGGUUACUGAAAGCUAACUGGAUCGACUUGGUCCUGCUCACAAUCCUGGCAAUCAUCGAGCUCGCUGCGAACUAUUCCGCGCCUGUCAUUCUACAGAAGCUCCUGCAGGCCAUGGAGAGCAUCGAUAUCGAGAAGCGUUCCGCAAUCCAAUGGGCAUUGCUCAUCCUCGCUGUGCGACUGGUUGCAGCGCAGAGCGCAGUUUUUAGUUUGUGGUUUGGAAGAAGGUGCUAUGAGCGUUCUCGGGGCGAAAUGAUUACGAUGUUGUAUGAAAAGACGUUGAAUCGGAAGAUAUUAGGAGGGAUUCCCCAGCAAGCUGAGAUUAACUUCGGGCCAGAGGAAGAAAACCCCCUUGGUGCAUCUGAGGCAGAGGAGACAGGCGCCCUCCCGGAAACCGAACAGCUUCUUCCCCAGCACGCGCGGCGACCGAAGAGUGUUGCCAGUCGAACACAAGAAAGGUUUCACAAGGUGAAGGCGUUCUUUGUGCUCAAGAGGCGGGCGGAAGUUGAGAGGAAAACGCCCGCCUCGAUGGGGAAGAUCCUGAAUCUGUUUCGAAACGACGCUUACGAAGUUGCUCAACGCUUCUGGGAGUUUCAGACGCUUAUCAACAAGCCUCUCGGUCUGGUGCUCUCAGUCGUCCUCAUCUGGCAACUGCUCGGAUGGCCAUCCUUUGUUGGAGUUGCCGUUGUCAUAGUUGCUCAAUUCUUGAACUACCUUCUUGCCCGAGUCCUUCUCAGAUGGGAGAAGGAACGCCGGAAAGUCACAGACAUCAAGCUGCAAAAGAUCACCCAGUAUGUCGAGGCCAUCAGACAUUUGCGAUGGUACGGGUGGCAUUUCGCAUGGCUUGAUGGCGUCAUGACGGCGCGGCAGAAGGAGCUCAACUUGAGGAUCAUUACCUUUCUUUUGAAUACGACGAUCAAGACCUUGAACUCAUUUGCAAACGGCAUACUUCCAGUCGCCACCUUCUACGCUUACACUGUCGUCGCGGGACGGCAGCUGCGGAUCGAUAUCGCCUUUCCGGCAUUGCAGCUCUUCUCGCUAUUGCAGACCAAUAUCCGCGAACUUCCAAAUCUCAUCACAGUCUUGUUGAAUGCCUCCGUCGCAGUUGGCCGCAUCUCAGAUUUCAUUGCAGAACCGGACAAGGCCGAUGAGGCAGAAUCCAAUCAGUCACCCAGUGAGCAUGAUCGCCUGGAGCUGGAAAAUGCCUCCUUCUCGUGGCCUGGUCUUUCCGGCACGGUGCUCUGCAAUCUCAACCUCUCUUUUCCGCGCGGUUUGACCAUUGUCUUCGGUGAAGUCGCGGCGGGUAAGACCGCUCUGCUGCAUGCUCUUCUUGGCGAACUGGAUUUGCGCGAAGGGCGUCUGUACAAGCCGCAAGCCGCCAUUGGUUAUUGUGCCCAGACUCCUUGGCUUCAAAGCAUGAGUAUCCGAGAGAAUAUCCUCUUCAACUCGCCAUACGAGGAAUCCCGGUAUAAGAAGACGCUCGAAGCUUGCGCUCUUCUUCCAGACCUAGCCAACUUCAAGCAUGGGGAUUUGUCCGAGACCGGCGAAAACGGCAUCGGCUUGUCGGGAGGACAAAAAGCGAGAGUGGCUCUCGCCCGAGCGGUCUACAGCCGAACGCAGGUUCUCCUUCUCGACGACCCUUUGAGUGCUCUGGAUCAACAAACGGCCGAAUGGAUUGUCACAAAGUGUUUGUGUGGUAGCCUGAUGGAAAAUCGCAUUGUAGUCCUGGUCACACACCGGACUGACCUUUGCCAGCAUCUGGCGUCACAGCUCAUUGAGCUCUCGAACGGCACAGCUGUGCUGCAUCGAAGUGAUGCGGACCUCUCCAAGGUAACGUCAGCCACCGCAGUGGACGACGAGCUCGUCGCGGAUAACAGCAAAGACAUCGACGAAUCAGCACCGGUUCCUGAUAAGUUUGUCGAAGACGAAUACCGAGCUCACGGUGGGGUACAACUCCAGGUGUACUGGCAGUACAUCAAGGCCGGGACCAUAAGGUGGUGGUUGAUGGUUGUUUUGAUAGCGGCGGUUUGUCGCGCAGCGCAUGUCGCAGAGAACUGGUUCUUGAAGGAAUGGGGAGAGGCAUACAACAAAGGCAAGGCUCAAGUUUUGACCCUUCAGAUCUUGGAAGCAGACAUCCAACCUUUGCAGAGCCCCACCUCCGGUCUCUUUGACAAGUUCCCCGACCCGGCCAUCAACGUUCGGCCAUGGCUUCUCGGAUUCCUCGUCAUUGUAGCCUGGGAGACCGUGGGAUUGGUUGCGUCGCAAAUAUCAAUGUUGGUGGUCACGUACUCUGCGGCUCAGCGGAUGUUCCAGGUAAUAAUGGAGCGUAUCAGCAAUGCGACCUUCCAGUUCUAUGAUGUGACGCCGGUGGGAAGGUUGAUGAAUCGACUGACUUCGGACAUCGGUACCAUUGACGGUGGAAUUGCGGAACUUUUCAUGGUUGUGAUCUGGUACGCUGUCGCCUGGGUCUCCUCCAUGAUUGUUAUUGCCAGCAUCACACCGACAUUUCUGUUGUUCGCCAUUGGGCUGACACUGGCAUUUGUUAUGAUCUUCUUGCGAUUUCUGCCGACCUCACAAAGUUUGCGGCGGCUUGAAAUGGUCUCGCUGACGCCUUUGAUGUCAAAUUUCGGGGCCUUGCUGAACGGUCUGAUGACGGUCAGGGCUUUUAAUGCUCAAACUCAAUUCCAGGAGAAGAACAUCCAGGUCACCGACGCGUUCCAGAAGAUGGAUCACUUUUAUUGGAGUCUGCAAGCUUGGUUAAUGUACCGAUUCGAUACUCUUUCGGCAGUAUCGACCUUCCUCCUCACACUUCUUGCCAUCUUUUCAAACUUGUCGGCUGGCCUCACAGCGUUCGUCCUGAUAUCGGCCAACAAGUUUGUUGAAGCGACUCACGCAAUCUGCAAGUCGUACGGCCAACUCCAACUCAACUUCGUGUCAGUGGAGCGGGUAAUCGAGCUGACUCAUGUUGAACAAGAACCGCCCAGCUCCAUUGAGCCACCUGCGGCAUGGCCCAAGUAUGGAAGUGAUGUUGUGUUUGAGAACGUCACGAUCAGGUAUCAGCCACACCUUGAACCAGCGAUUAAAGAUGUUUCGGUUCGCUUCGAAGGCGGCUCGACAAAUACAAUCACCGGGAGGACUGGGUCCGGCAAGUCCACCUUAGCGCUUGCGUUGUUGGCGACAGUCAUACCAGAGUCCGGUCGCAUCUCGAUCGAUGGUAUUGAUAUUGCGAAAGUCAAUAAGCAGGUAUUGAGGAGCAGGAUAACCUUCUUGGCCCAAGAACCUAUUCUCUUUCCGGGUUCCUUACGCCACAAUCUGGACCCAAUGGUGGAACAUUCUAACUUGGCUUGUGAAAGUGUGCUCUCGAGGGUCUGCGGGAAAUACGGAUGGACAUUGGAAACACAGAUUGAUGACGGCGGGCGCAACUUGAGCCAAGGUCAGAGACAGCUUGUCGGGCUCGCUCGAGCGAUAUUGCGCAGAAGCGCAAUUGUCAUCAUGGACGAAGCGACUGCUAGCAUUGACCUAGAGACGUCAGCAGAGAUACAGCGCGUUCUGAGAGAAGAAUUGAAAGAGAGCACGAUCAUCACCAUCGCCCAUCGCGCAGCUGCGAUGGAAAAUGCCGACUUCUGCGUUUCGCUAGCCGCUGGCCGUGUCCUGCACCAAGGAAAACCCGGUGAAUCUGGAUCUUGA